UCAGAAGAGAAAGAGGAAAAACCCAGCACCACCAACCAAUCCAUCGACUGCAUACCACUUGACUUGCACUCCUCGUCAACAACGCGAUUUGGGAAAGUAUGCACAGUGGGAAGAAGCAACCCAACAGUGACCCCAUUCCUAAAUACUAACUAUUUGUUGUCUGUUAAUUAAAUUAAACUCACCAAUUAAACUAAUAAAUUCAUUCCGUUUUUUUACACAAUGAGGCAAUUUCUACGGCUCUGAGCGGAUUUUGCAGUUUUGAGCUGGGGUUCGCAUCUUAAGCUUCUUUGAUCUCUGUGCAUAUACGGAAUUUGAGUGGGUUCGCUUGAAACCCAUGAUUUGUUUUGGAUAUUCUUCAGCUAAUGCUUAGAUGUUAUAGGUAUGUUUUGCUUCUUCUUGGUUUUCUGCUUUUGAGAAGAUUGGGGGAUUUUGUGUUGAUUGUGAAUUAUUUUACUGGGGUUCGACGAUAAUUCAAAAUUCGGGAGGUUUGUUUUUCUGCGUAGGAGGGGAGAUUGGGAGAAUCAGUAGUGAAUGAUUAUGAGGAAAAAUGCAAAUUUCCACCCAGGAAGGGUGUUCAGUGAUACAAAAUGGAUUCUUCCGUUUUUUGCGAGCAUGCUAGUUUCGGUUACUUUGAUUUUGGUAGCUCUCUUUUGGCCACUUUCCUCUCCAAAUGGUGGAGAUCAGCUUCCUUUCGACAUUAUAUCGUUCUCAAGGUCAGAGGACUCUAGUGGGUAUUUUGUAGAAUCAGAUAUAAGGAGAUCACUCGAGGUAAAGGGGGAUUCAAACAUGGAAGCGCCUAGAUUAGCUUAUCUUAUUUCAGGGACGAAGGGUGAUAGCCAGAGGAUGAUGAGGACUUUGCAGGCUGUGUAUCAUCCCAGGAACCAGUAUAUUUUACAUUUAGAUCUUGAGGCUCCACCUCGUGAAAGGUUGGAUUUGACGAUGUCAGUGAAGGCUGAACCUACGUUUCGUGAAGUGGAGAAUGUGCGUGUAAUGGCCCAAUCAAAUCUGGUGACUUAUAAAGGUCCUACAAUGAUUGCUUGUACACUCCAAGCAAUUGCAAUUUUGUUGAAGGAGAGCUUGGAAUGGGACUGGUUUCUAAACCUCAGUGCUUCAGAUUAUCCUCUUGUGACACAAGAUGAUCUGCUUCAUGUUUUCUCUAACUUAUCCAGAACUCUCAAUUUCAUUGAACAUACAAAGAUUGCUGGGUGGAAACUGAACCAAAGAGCAAAGCCUAUUGUCAUCGAUCCAGGCCUUCAUCUAUCUAAAAAGUCUGACAUUUUUUGGACUACUCAACGUCGGUCACUUCCCACAUCUUUUAAGUUGUUCACUGGUUCAGCAUGGGUAAUGCUAACAAGGUCAUUUGUUGAGUACUGCAUAUUGGGAUGGGAUAACCUUCCACGAACUAUCCUAAUGUACUACACAAAUUUCAUCUCCUCCCCAGAAGGCUACUUCCACACUGUUAUUUGUAACACUGAAGAGUUCCGCAAUACUGCAAUUAGCCAUGAUCUGCACUACAUUGCUUGGGACAAUCCACCUAAGCAGCACCCUCUCUCUUUGACAAUCAAGGACUAUGACAAAAUGGUAAAAAGUGGAGCCCCAUUUGCUCGGAAAUUUGCAAAGGAUGAUCCAGUCUUAGACAAGAUCGAUAAAGAGCUUCUAGGACGUAUAAACCGCUUCGCACCAGGAGCAUGGUGUGUUGGGAACUCAGAUGGUGGGGCUGACCCUUGCUCUGUGCGCGGUAAUGACUCAAUAUUUAGGUCAGGUCCUGGUGCUGAGCGAUUGCAAGAACUAACUCAGAAGCUGUUAUCUGAAGAAUAUCAGAGUAAGCAGUGUUCAUAAGGAGAGUUGGAAUUACCCCAAGUGUAUAUUGGUGUAUUCUUAGGUUACACGGUUGAUGAACAAUAGAAUGUCUAAAUUAAAUGAACAUUCACAGUCAAAAGCAAUUUCUACUUUACAGGAAUAUUGAAAAUCCUUUGUAGGUUAUACGCCAGACAUUCAUUAGCCUAUUUCUGUUAUCCUUAUCAGAAUGAUAACGAUUCUACUGAACUGAAAGCCAAUCUUCUCUUUGUUUA